AUGACCGACAGCAAUGAACCUUCUUGCUGCUUGAUGCCAUGCCUUGUCUCCCGGGCCGGCGACUUCAAGAGCCAGACACAACAUGGUGCAGGGCAGCUCGUUUCCACGGUCGCGAUAGAAAGGCCCUUCAAAGGCGAGGCGGCUCCAAAUCUGGCCUCGGAGGAACUGGAUAUCUUGAGGUCUGUUCAAGCUGUUUGGGGGAUCUUAUUGCGAUCAUAUACGGGAAGCGACAACAUUUGUUUCCGAGUAGUGGACGGGAGAAGAACGCAGACACAUGCCCAGGCCGCCGUCUACAGGGCAAAUAUCACAGAUCUAACACCGAUACUGUCGCUUCUGGAGACAGACGCUGCUCUGUUGCCGGUUGGGUCGAAGGACCAACUACCGUACAACACAGGCAUUUGUUAUAAUGACGAUAACGAUCUCCUGAAGUGCUUGGACGAUAACAAGCAGUUUGCUGGGGAUUUCUCCCCUGCGGAAGGCUCUGUGCACGAGAUCAUUCUGCGACACUGUCGUGAGAGCCCUGAUGCCGUGGCAGUGUCGGCUUGGGACGGUGAUAUGACCUACGGCGAGCUAGGACGAUGGUCCGGCGCUCUGGCAGCCCAGCUGAUCAGAAAGGGCGUCAAGCCCGAGGAGUUCAUUCCCCUUUGCUUUAACAAGUCCAAAUGGGUGGUGGUAGCAGUGCUCGGUGUCCUCAGGGCUGGAGGUGCGUUCAUUCUACUGGAAACUUCUCAUCCAGUAGACUGGUUGCAAAAGGUAUGCGAGUCUGUGUCUGCGACAGUCGUGAUAUGUGACCCGGAAACCCUGUCGUUAGCGAAGCAGCUAUCCCGGACGACGAUUCCUCUGAUUCCAGAAGAUGAGGGGGAGGGUUUGCAAAGCAGCCGUCAGGACGUGUCGUGCCACGCCUCUAGUGCCCUGUAUGCUGUCUUCACCUCGGGGAGCACGGGCAGACCAAAAGGAAUUAUUAUGGAGCAUGGCGCUUUCUGUGUCUCUACGAAACGAACCGCUGGUGCUCUCGCAAUGGGACCGAACACGCGACGGCUGCAAUUCGCUUCACACGCGUUCACGAUGUGCAACCGUGAAAUUCUUAUGAUGUUGAUUCUUGGCGGCUGUCUGUGCAUUCCGUCUGCCCAUGAACGAAUAUACGAUUUGGUAGGUUUCAUGAACCGCCAUCGUGUCAAUUAUGCAAACAUGACACCGUCAAUGGCGGUUAUGCUGUCUCCCGAAUCGACUCCUGGCCUUCAGGUCCUUUUGAUAGGCGGCGAGGCAAUGGGACCAUCUCUCCUUAGCAAAUGGGUUGGCAAGGUGAAGCUUCUAUAUGGUUACGGAGCCAGCGAGACUUCCGGGGUAGCAGUCCUUGCGUCAGAUCUAGGGCAUGACUGGGAUCCGCAUAACCUGGGCUUUGCCCGGGACUCUGCCCUCUGGGUAACGGAAAUUGACAAUCCUCACCGACUAGCUCCGAUUGGCGCGGUGGGCGAAUUGCUCAUUCAGGAGAGAGGGCUGGCGCGGUGUUACCUCGGCGAGGAAGAGCGGAACCGUCAGGUAUUCUUACACAGAGUGGACUGGCUUCAGGACCCGGGUCAUGGGCCCCAGCUGGAACAAGAAGAACAGGAGAUGGUGAUCGAUUAUCUGGAAAAGGUAUUUCCAGACUGGACAGUGGCGUUGGAGAGAGAGCUGGCCCGGUACCUACCUCGGUACAUGAUUCCGUCCCACUUAGAUUUUUGCAAGAACAUGCCGAUGACGAAGUCCGGCAAGGUGAACCGUCCUAAGCUCACAGAGCUAGUCGUUGAAUCCCUCACGAACACUGCCUCAGGACCGAAGAUAGGAACCUGGAAGAGUAAAGGGGAGAUUGCUCUGAGCAAGGCAUGGAGUCAGACACUUAGGGGGCAGCCCCAUCAUGGAGACGACUUCUUUCGGAAGGGCGGAGACUCAAUAGCAGCCAUACAGCUCAUCGCACGACUCCACGAAGAGCAACUCACCUUAACAGUGAUCGAUAUAUUCCGGGAAAGGACAUUUGCCGGGGGUUCCGGGAUGCUGCAGGUUGUCACACGAACUGAUAUGCCCUGGAAGACAAUCGAAAGCCUCGACGAGCUUGAGCCACUGAGCAUCGACGGAGGGCCCCUUAUUCAGCUCGUAGUGAAAUCGGAUCAACCAUCUUUCCAUCUGAUUGCCAACCACACCAUCUUUGACGCAUGGUCCUUGAACCUUGUGUGUGAGCAGGUCCAACAUGCAUAUCAGGGAGCGCAUUGCUCACCACAUGCUUUCAAUCAUUUCAUCCCUUACCUUCGCCACAAUUCUGGACCAACCUCGGCUCUCUUUUGGCGAAGAGAGCUUGGUGGGUUUAAAGGGCGCCAAUUUCCCGAGUCUCCAGCCGGUGCAAUGGAAACCGCCAGCUCGGAUGUUGUAUUUGGGGCAAUUGUCACCGGCCGCAGUGCAGCUCUGGAAGAUAUUUCUAAACUUAGUGGGCCUACAUUGGCUCUGGUCCCAGUCCGUGUCCAGUUUAGUCCCACAGACUCAAUCGAGACGACUUUGCAAGUAAUCCAGGAACAGUCUUCACGCAUGACUCCGUACGAGCAAACUGGACUGCAGCAUAUUGCAAAGGCUGGCGAUGACGUUGCAGCUGCCAGCAACCUCCAGAAUGUUAUGGUAAUCCAACAGCGUCAGCGGAUGGAGUCAAUGCGGUCGGGUCUUUUUGCCCACCCCAUGGCUAGAGGAGAAAAUUACUUGCUUCCCUUCACGACCCACCCGUUAUUGCUUGUUUGCCAGCUUGGUGAAAAUACGAUUUCUCUGCAAGCGUCAUUUGAUUCCUGCAUUAUUUCCCCGGAGCAUGCCCGCCGUCUUCUGCGCCAGCUCGCCCACGUUUUAAAGCAGCUCACCACACUUCCACUAACGACCAUUGCGGAUGUUUCUCUUUUUCCCAUUGAAGACCAGAAACAGAUAAAGCAGUGGAACAGCCAUGUCUCACCAAGCCCUGGUGCUUCGAUUGUCGACCUGAUUCAACAACGGUGUCAGACUCAACCACACUCAGUUGCGGUCUGCGGAGAUGGCUGCUCGCUGACAUAUCAAGACCUUGAUCAAUAUUCCACGAACUUGGCAGCACGGUUAAGGCUGAAGGGAGCGGGCAGAGGACAGUACGUGCCUCUGAUGUUUAAUAAGUCCCCUUGGGCCUCCAUUGCUAUGGUAGCCGUUCUCAGAACCGGUGCCGCGUUUGUAAUGCUGCCGCCGGCGUAUCCUUUGGAGCGUCUGAAAAGCAUCGUGUCUGAGACCAAGGCAAAGGUUAUUGUUGCGUCGCCUACCUGUGCGAAGGCUGGGCGGCAGCUGUCGGGAAAUAUCAUAAUCUUGGAUAGUCCAGCGGUCGAACAUCCCCCAGAGGGAGAUGGCUGCUCGGGUAUUCCGCAAGAUUCAGCCCCUAGACCAGAAGAUCCUGCCUAUGUUGUCUUUAAUUCGGGGUCGACAGGUAAGCCAAAGGGUAUCGUACUGCACCACAGCGCAGUUACCACGGGCAUUGGAGAGCGUUGCAAGGCCAUUCGGAUGGAUUCAAAAAGCCGUGUUUUCCAGUUUUCUUCUUACGCAUUUGAUGUUAGUAUCAAUGAUAAUGUCAUGGCUCUGGUUGCCGGUGCCUGUAUCUGCGUGCCCACCGAGUCAGAGCAGCAAAAUGACCCUAGCACAGCAGCAACACGGCUAAAGGCUAAUUGGGCUAUGGUUACCCCAUCCAUCAUUCGCUUGCUCGAUCCAGGCAUUGCAUCGACGUUGAGAACCUUUGUUGUUGGCGGAGAGCCUUUGACAAUGGAUAUUGUCAAGAAAUGGGAGCACCACGUGCAUAUAAUCCAGAUCUAUGGCCCUGCUGAAUGCACAGUCCUAUCCACAAUUCAACCUGACGUCACGUCAGAUUCCGAUGUGCGCAAUAUUGGAAAGGCUGUCCAAUGUGCCAGCUGGAUUGUCGAUCCGCAGAACCAUGAUCGCCUCCAGCCCAUUGGAAUGGCCGGCGAACUGCUUCUGCAGGGCCCAACAGUGGGAUUAGGAUAUCUCAACGACCCAAAGCAGACAGCGGGGGCGUUCGGUCCACCUCCUCAAUGGCUUCCUCGAAUGUCGGCCCCGGGAAGCUCCCGCGCGUUGUACAGGACGGGUGAUCUCGUCAAGUAUGCCCCAAAUGGAAGUCUUAUUUUUGUCGGUCGCAAAGACCUGCAGGUCAAAUUCCGGGGACAGCGCCUAGAGCCUGGUGAAGUUGAAUCCCACAUCAUGUCACUAAUUCCUGGCAUCAAGGAAGUUGCUGUCGAAAUGGUUAAGUUCAACGCGGCAGGCAAUCGAGAAUCACUAGUGGCCUUUAUGUGCCAUGAGUCUAGUAUGCGCUGGGGCCUAGCAGAGGAUCGAAGCGAGAGUCUAGACAUUAUUUCACCGGGAGGUUCCUUCUAUAAUGACAUCGCGAAGCUCUCUUCUCACCUGAGCGAGCGACUGUCCUCUUACAUGGUUCCAACCACAUUCAUCCCGCUUCGGAGAAUGCCCCUUACCCUCACUGUCAAAGUCAACCACAAACUGCUUCGAGAGGAGAUUGCAACCUGGCUUCCGGAAAAGAUCAGUGCCUAUCGGCCACAAGCAGCUUCCCAAGUCCCAAGACAACGCCCGGUAGUGGCACGCGAGAAAUGUAUCCAUAGGCUUGUCUGCAGCGUACUCAACCGAGACGGCCAGAGUGUGUCAAUGGGCCAAGAUUUCUUCAGUCUGGGCGGGGAUUCUAUCACCGCAACCUUAUUGGCUUUAGCGGCAAAAAGGGAGGGGAUACACAUCUCUGUCGAACGCAUCUUCCGGUACCAGACCCUCGCUCAGCUGGCCGAAGAAUCGAGCAACGCGGUUUCAGAAAAGUCUCGGUGCAAAGACCCUGGUCAUAACCAACCGCUUGCCAAGCUUGAGAAGCUGCAACGGCUCGUUGCGAAAGUUCUUAAGCUCAGGGAGUCGCAGGUUACGGCUAGCAGUGAUUUCUUUGACCUGGGUGGUGAUCCCAUCACCAGUCUAGAGCUGGCAGUGCAGGUGAAGCGAGAGGGAAUCCUCAUAAUCGAGCAAGAUAUAUUUGACAAUCCGAUGAUAUCAGCCUUGGCCGGCGUAGCGAAGGAUCUAGACAAGAAGCAAAACGGUCUCGUGCAGGCAAUGGUUUGCUGUUCCGACGAAGAGCUCCGAAGGGAGCUGCCAGUGGAUAUCUUGCCCGGUCUUGUCGAGGUCUUGCCCACUACACAGUUCCAGCGCAUGAGCAACAGCUCGAUGAACUAUAGCUACUAUAGAAUCCACCUGCCGUCUGGGUUCGACAAGCCGAGGCUUCUGUGGGCCUGUCAGCAGCUUGUUCAUCGGCAUGCAAUCAUGCGCACGGGAUUCUUCAAACUCAGCUCUGUGGAAGAGGUUCAACUUGUACUGCAGCCUCGAGAGGUGACGGUGCACGAGCACCAUGUACAAGACCUGGACGCACAUUGCCGCCACGAUGACACGGUGGCAGAUUGGCAAGACUGCGGAAAGCCGCCAUUUCAAAUGCAACUGGUUACGCUAGCUAACGGCCGCGUCUUUCUUGUCUUUCGACUCGGCCACGCCUUGUUUGACGGCCUCUCGAUUCGUCUGAUAGGCGAAGAAAUAGCGAGCCUCUACAAUGGGCAGCCGUUACCAGAAACCAACCCAUUAUCCGUUCAUCUGCGCGCCACCCUCGCGCUCCGAACCGAUGCCGCGUUCAACACCUAG